AUGAAUUUCAGUUCAUUCAGAAUGCCGCAAAAUAAGGCAAUCCAAUGUUAUCUGUUGAUGAGCUUAUGGAUUCUUUUGAUAAUAUUCGGAGUGUACAAAUUUAUGGAGCCGCAGCAAAAGAUUUUAGAUACUACACUGAAACCCACUCAGUUAUAUAGUACUCUAGAAAGUGAUGGAAAAACUAGAAGAAUAUUCAAAAUAUGCAAUUUUCCAGAGGACAUUUCUCCUGGGGAUGAAGCUAUACUCAACAAAAAUAAGUGGCAGUUGAAAGGGUUAUUAAUUCUGAUUAGACAUGGGGACAGAGGUCCUCUUCAACAUGUGAAAAAAAUUUCUUCCAUCAACUGUGGUGUGGGUGCAGAAAAGUCCGACCUUCUAGCCAACUAUAAGGCAUAUCUUCACAAUGAAUCACUCACUGGCAAAUUAUCAUGGGCUGGUCAAGGUCCUUUUCAUGGUUUUCCAUUCAUACCAUCUCAUCCCACCCAAUGCCAUUUGGGUCAACUCACCAUGCAGGGUGUUUCUCAACUAUUGAAGUUGGGCAACAUCCUCAGGGAAAGCUACUCUGACGUUUGGGCUAAAUUGGCAACUUUGAACGCAAAUGAAGUUCUUGUGUACAGCACGAGAUACCGACGAACAUUCCAAUCGGCCUUGUCGUUUUUGUUCGGCCUGAUUCGGCACGAAACUCUCGAAAAAAUUCCGAUUCACGAAAGCCAAAGUAUGAGUUUCUGUUUCAAAGAUUGCGGGUGUCCAGUCACGGAAAACUUGUCAAGGAGCGUCCAAAAAAGCGUCUCGCACCACCUGCGAUCUCAUCCAGCCGUCGCGGCGUUAGCUGACGCCACCGGAAAAUACCUCUUUGAGGUCCCGGAUGGCGAAUCGCAGACGCCCGGCGUCGAUCCCUAUUCGGUGAGGGACGCCCUUCUAAGCGUCGUUUGUCACCGGGGCGGGAUGCCUUGCGAGGCGCCCAACAAUUGCAUGAGAAGACAAAAUGUGGUUGGAAUUUUCUCAUACACGGACUGGGUCAACUAUAGGAAAUGGAGGAAUUCUUCGUGGAAGAGAUACUGCCUGCUCAAAUCAUAUGGUUUGAUGAGACACAUUGUUCAACAAAUGUUGCAUAUGGUGUCCAAUAGCGGUCCCUACUUAGUCCUCUAUUCGGGACACGACCACACCCUGGAACAGCUCACGGCAGCCCUAGGGCUGCAGAGCGACCCUUUUUUGCUGCGCUAUGCAGCCCGAAUGGUGUUCGAGGUCUAUCAAGAAGUAGAAGAAUCGAACGAGGUCAAAGGUAUUUUUUUCAGGCUGCUGACCAAUGGCAGAGAUGUUACCAGGCAGAUUAGUUUUUGUAAAAAUUUUGUUAAUGUUAAUAGUCGGGUGGGUUUGUGCAAAAUCGAGGAUAUUGUUCGGUUUUUGCAUGACGAUUAUUUUACUGCGUUGAAUGUUACCAAUUUUAAAGAUGCUUGUACGCACUAA